AGUUGGUGCAGGAUCGACGACCGUUCGAUAAUAAAUUGCACUUUAACGACACAGACCAGUUGGAGUAUUGUUUAUACUGACGGAAUAAGAACUUAAACUGUAGCUUUGCUAAUUAUGAGGGAGAUUUGUAUGAUUUAAUUCGUCAUGGCCGAGAAAACUGCGAAACAAGCACCCGUUGCUAUUCGACUGACAAGCAGCCGUGCAACUGCUUCGCGAUGUACGGAGAAUCAGAAGAAGGAACGCCAGAGCUCCGGCGGGGAUGGUGAAAUGUGUUUCGGUGACGAAUGGCUGGACGAUUGGGAAGAUGAGGCAAUUUUACAUCAGGCCAUGGAUGACCUUGAUCAAAGUUUGAAAAGCAAUUCAACAUCAGUCAGUGACAGUGCUAAGUCUUUCUCACCAGAAAGUGAUACAACUGAAAAGAAUUCAGGGGAAGUAUCGACAACGAUCUGCAGCUGCAGUUGUGAAAUAUCCUCUGUCACUGACUCAGUCUCAGCUACAGAGGAGCUAAAUGAAAAGGGUGUUGAGGUUUCAGCCGGUAAAGAAAUUGCAAAAGAAGGUGACUGCAAGGAAAACAUUUGCCAAUACUGCCAAAGGACAAUUGCAAAAAGAACUGUAAGUGACGUUGCUACCAAUUCCUCGCCGACAAAGAAAGCCAAGCUGGAUCUUGAGGAAGAGACAAAGAAAUUUACGAUGGAUCCGUUGAGGCAGUUCAAAGGAAAAUACCUCUGGGUGUCCGAUCUGACGGCUCAAGCAUGGUGUGAGAGGCAGCUUCUCUAUGAUUGCACAGGAAUUGAGGGCAGACCAGUUGAGAUCUUGGAAACAGAAGCCAUGAAAGUUGGUACAGAGAUGCAUCUGAAGAGAGAAUUGGAGGUGCAUACCAUUAAACAGAUUGCAGUGAAAACCAAGGAGGAUAAAUGGGCCAUCAAAUUUCUCAACAUUCUUAGUGCUGUCAAUCAACUUCUCCAAGGAGGAGGAGGGGGUGGAGCCUCAAGAUGUGUUGUCAGGGAGAUGCCCAUAUUUGGGAAGCCCUUUGAGAGUGGAGCAUUUGUGGUUGGUAAAAUAGACGAGAUCAGAUACAACAGUCGUGAUCAGCUAGAGGUGGUAGAAUUCAAGACCAGGACCAAGUCUAGGACUGUUCCUUCAGCAGCUCAAAGAAAGACCCACAAACUACAGGUAAUGCUGUACAAGCAGCUGUUUGAUGAAGCAGUGUGUGGCCUUCUAAAGAAAGAAACCAUCUUAGAGACGAUCGGCCUCGACCCUGACGCUUCCGUCAACGACGAAAUCGCCGCUCACGCCCUCAUGAUGGACCUGACGCUACCAAAGUUUGGAGACUACCUCAACGCCAUGCUGGAAUGCUUCCAGUUCCUCUCCAAGAUCGACUCCCUCGCCGUUGAGUACUCCUCGCAGGAUGACAAGGAGCCUUUCGCGGUCCACGAACACGACUUCGACCCCGUCUGGCUCAAAGAUACGCUGGAUCACUACAAUGCAUUCUGGGUAGGCGAGAGGGAGGUGGAAGGGGUGGACGUGGAGGAGGUGUGGAAGUGCAAGUACUGCAACUACAAGGAGGCGUGCGACUGGAGACAAAAGAUGCACGAGAAGUGCCUCAGUAGGAAGUCUGCCAACAAGGUGCAGAUGAAGAUGACCAAGUGAAGUGCAGAUGAAAUAAAAUGCAGAGAUGAACAACAAGGUGUCAAUUAAGUGCCUGGCAGAAAGGCCUAAACGUGAACAUUUACUCAAAUUUUUAUUAUUUUCAUUUCGGAAUGUAAGGUUAAAGAAAUAAUUUAGAGAAGUUACAUUUAUUGCCAUUAAAGAUGUAAGGCCUGCACACAUUACACAAUCUGACUUUGAUUCAAUUUUGGAAGAUUUUGCAAUAGCAUUUGAUACAAACAUUCAAACAUGUUAAAUCUUUAAUGACUAAGGAUCUGAGUAGUCAUAUGAUUAAGAAUAUCUAAAUUCAAAGGGAUUUCAUGCUUCCUUGGUAGAGGGAAAGCUAAAUUGGCUCAGAAUCGGUGACGUAGGACGGUGGUGCGAUAGUCUACGAUUUGAAACCAAUUUGGCUUUUAUUCUGACUUGAAGAGUUUGAUACACUAACAUUCUGGCUGUUAGUAUUAUUAUCAUUAUCUAGAAGCUGAAUCAGGAACAUGUUUGUUUAGAUUUCCUAUCUAAUACGAUUGUUAUUUCUUCAAAAAUCGGAUCGCAGGAUGAUAUCGUAGGUGAUAUCCUGACUGAAAUGUGUUGUGUGGAAAUAGUCUUAAAAGGCCAUCUGUUGGCUGUGCAUCUGUUCAUGCCCUUCUACCAGCCUAACAACAUAGGCUGGGCAGUUUUAUCCUAUUGUAUUGAAAUUUUGUUGAUUUGAUGUAAGAUACUGGUGGACUUUGUUGGCAAAUUUCCUUGUUAAUUCUAUUUUAUUCUUCUUAUCUGUAAUAUUACCCUUCUACAUGUAUGUAUGUCUUUCAAAUUUCAAACUUUUUAUACUCUGUAUGUAUUGUAUGUUUUUUCAUGAAGAAUGGAAUAAAUACCAAUACGAAUGAUAAGGCAUAGUGUUGGAUAAUAUAUUAAAGUAAAUUUAGAUUUAAUUUAAAUAUUAAUUAAUUAACGUGCUCUAGCCAAAGAGAAAUUCCUUUGAAAACAUAUGUAGAUUUAGAAAUAAACAAGCAAAGUGUGCAUGCUAUGAAUGUGUAGAACAGUGCUGGUCCAAAGCACAUUUAAUUUAAAAAUAGCUUGGAAUUCCAUGCAAUAGAAAAGGCUGUAUUUUAAAACAAAGGGAGUCGAGAUUUCACGCUGGAAAUUGGUGUAAGCUUCAGCAAUGUAGAAUAUACUACCGCUAUACCUUUUUAUAAUGGUAAAAAAUGUAAGUGUUUCAAGUUCCAAGACUGAAAUUUGUGGAGAGAGAAGGGUGGAAUGCGAAUCCAAUGAGCUUAAUUCACAGUAAACAUUUGCUGAUUCAAAAUCAUAAUUCUCUUGAAUUGAGAAAUCAUAAUGUUCAUCUACAAGAUGCACUGUUGUAGCUAAUGUAAAUGUUAGCCAAUUUUUCAAUUACUAUAGUAUAGAUAGAACAUAUUCUGAAAGCUGUAAACUGGUAUAUCCUUUGUUUAUUGCCUUGCGCUAUAUAAUAUACAAGUUACAAUUGAAAAAGGGUUUUGAAGAUUGUAAAUUGCAGUAAUUUAUAUUUAUGCAGAACAAUAA